AUGGACGUCAGUGCCGUCAUAGCUGACGACCUACAAGAGUCCAGCCAAUCUACGAAAACAGUUGAAGUUGCACCGAAACAGGCACCUGCAACUGUAAAGGCAGCAGAUCCACCGGAAAUUGAAGACCGACACACCUUACAGGAAAGCGACACUAACUUGGAUACUGAAGAAAGUCCGUCGAGAGGCAAUUCUCCAAAGAAAAAUAAGAAACGCCGGCUGGCGCGCAAAGGUGCAGAGGAGACAGCUCCCACACUCCAACAAAAAGCGAAGGAAAUAGGUAGUACAUUAAGCCAACAGUUCUAUAGCAACACGAAAGCGACACCAGUUUCUGAGGAGGGUUCCCCUUCCGCGCUGGAAAAACGAGACGUCCAAGGAAAGCCAACAAAGAAAGCAUCUACCCACCCCCAAGAAACGAGUCACUCUCCUGAAGCUUCACUCGUCCCACCCACGACGACAACCUCAACCACCUGGGCAGGCGAAAGCGACCAUAACAAUGCCGACGAAGAAAUGACAGAAGUUUCAGAAACUAAGACAGACUGUAAGCUAGCCCCACAGGAGAACAAUGGAACUCUGGAAACGAGCCCAAAACCAUUGUCCACUCCCGCAUUUGAGGAAGUGCUGGAGUUCAUCGGGUCCAGAGGGAAGUUUCAGACGAGACUCAUAAUCGUGUUCAUCUGCGUUGGCCCGUGCAUGAAUGUGAUGAGUGUGAACCUAUUCUAUCUCGCAAUGCAGACUCCCAAUCAUUGGUGCCAUGUCCCUGGCAGAGAAAAUACCAGCCUGUCUCUGGAAGAAUGGAAGAACAUCACCAUACCCAGGGAAGGACCGUCCUUUAGCAAGUGCCUGAUGUACAACGAGAGCGAUGUGCUCCACUUGAGCAACAGGACGGAAUCAGUGAAGUGUCAGUACGGAUGGGAAUACGACAAAACGUGGUUCAUCAGGACAGCUCCGUCACAGAUGAACUGGGUCUGUGAUAACCAGCAGGCCAUCAACGACAUCUUGUUCUACUCGCAGAAUAUUGGCGUGGCGCUGGGCUUACUCUUCGGUUACAUAGGUGACAUGUACGGCCGGCGUCCGCAGCAGUUCCUGUGCCUGGUCGCCCACGUGGCCAGCAGGCUGCUGAUCGUCCUCGCUCCAGACGUCGUUGUACUCUUCAUCCUGGCCGAGUCUCUGGUGUCAGCCGUCGCUGGACCUAUGCUAGAAUCUGCCUUGGCCGUUGGGCUGGAACUAACUGACGUGAGAUACCGGACUACAAUGAACCGCUAUGCAUCAUGCAGCAUGGCCACUGGAAUGAUGGCGACCGGUUUGGUGGCAUGGAUUAUGCCUGACUGGACCUACUGUCUGUCGUUCGCUACUGUCAGCUGCCUUGCAUUGCUGCUUUUUUUCAGCUGGUUUCCCGAGUCACCACGCUGGCUGGCAUGCAGAGGCCGCCAGCAGGAGACGAUGCGACUGCUGCGCCGCAUCGCGGCCACCAACGGCACUACAGUACCUCCAUUCGCCUCGUCUGUGGUUCGGGCCUUGGGCAAGAGCAAGACAGACAGGAGGGGGUUCCUGAGCCUCUUCUCUAGCCGGAAUGUCUUCAAGAAUUCUGUGCUGCUGAUCAUCGCAAGGUCGGUGUACCUUCUCACCAUGUUCUCUCCAGUGCUGGCUGUGAGCAGUCUGAGCGUGAACCCAUUCCUGACAGUGUCCGCGCAGGGUGGCGCGCAGUUCGUCUCCUACUGUGUGGCGAACUUCUGCGCAUCCCGCAUCGGUCGACGAUGGUCUGGUGUAGCCGCUCCAUUACUGGCGGCAAUUGCAAGUGGAGUCAUCUUCUGUAUGCUAACUGUGGACAUCGCUGGUCCAGCCCUCAUGGCGAUGAUAAUGGUGAUGCAGUUUAGCACAACAAUCAGCUUCAGUGUUGCCAACCUGCAGAGCGUCGAGGUGCACCCCACAUGCCUGCGCCAGAUAGCGGCCUGCGUCGAAUGGGCCAUCGCCGGAGUUGCCAUGUCUGCGCUGCCCUACUUGGCCCUCAUGGAGCUAACAGCUGACUGCCACAAUCUAAAAUUGCCCCCACUAUGA